AGUUUGGAGGGUAGAAGGGGAGGAGCAGCCGCUCCCUGCCCUCCACUCACUCCCACUCUCCCUCCCUCACUCGUCAGUCACCAUUACCUACUGGCCGGCCGGCCCGGUGACCGUCGCCCCCCUCCGCCGCCCCGAAACCAGCGGUUCGUGCAGGGAGAAGAAUCGCGGGAACCGUGGAACCGCUGAGGGGCUGCGGCUUGAUCUGCUCCAGAAUUUUCGGCCUUCGAUCUCCCCGGCAGGUUUGGUUUCAGCUGUUGUUGAAGCAGGUGGUGGAGGGAGCUGCAUUGGCAGUAGGCUGAUGCUUCUGCUGGCAAGGAGAUGAGCCCUCUGCUGUUUGCAGACGCUGACCUUGGUGAUCUCCAUUAAUUCCUCACCAAUCAGCUGGGAGAUGGCGUAUUCUGGGCAGAGGCAUGCCGGUGCCGCCGGGAGCUCGUCGCGGCAGGGGAAUGGCUUGAAGGGGCAGGCCAGCUCAGUCGAGUUCCUGGGAAGGGGGAUGGUGGGGAUGCAGCUCAGAGAUGCAAAGCCAGAUGAUGCUGAUGAUGAAAGGGACAAUGAGCCAGAUGUGGUUGCAGAUUCUGGUUCUGAAGCUGGUCAAAUAAUUGCAACCACAAUCCGUGGUCGAAAUGGUCUGCCUAAACAGGUAAAGUCCGUCAGUUACAUUGCUGAACAUGUGGUUGGAACUGGUUCUUUUGGGGUUGUAUUUCAGGCGAAAUGUCGAGAAACAGGAGAAGUCGUUGCCAUCAAAAAGGUUCUUCAAGAUAAGCGUUACAAAAACAGGGAAUUGCAAAUUAUGCAUAUGCUUGACCAUCCGAACAUUGUUGGUCUUAAGCAUUACUUCUUCUCAACCACUGAAAGGAAUGAGCUUUAUCUUAAUCUUGUCCUUGAGUUCGUUCCAGAGACAGUAAACCGGAUGGCAAGACAGUACAACAGAAUGAAUCAAAGAGUGCCCCUCAUUUAUGUCAAACUAUACACUUAUCAGAUAUGUCGAGCACUUGCUUAUAUACACAACUGUGUUGGCAUCUGCCACCGUGAUAUCAAACCACAGAACGUUCUCGUUAACCCACAUACACACCAGCUUAAAAUAUGUGAUUUUGGCAGUGCAAAGGUCUUGGUCAAGGGAGAGCCAAAUAUCUCGUACAUAUGCUCAAGAUACUACCGAGCACCAGAACUCAUAUUUGGUGCAACUGAAUAUACUACGGCCAUUGAUUUGUGGUCCACAGGCUGUGUCAUGGCAGAGCUGCUUCUUGGACAGCCUCUUUUUCCUGGGGAAAGUGGAGUUGAUCAGCUGGUUGAGAUUAUCAAGGUCUUGGGUACUCCAACAAGGGAAGAGAUCAAGUGCAUGAAUCCAAACUACACGGAGUUCAAGUUCCCACAAAUUAAGGCUCACCCAUGGCACAAGGUUUUUCAGAAAAAGCUUCCACCUGAAGCAAUGGACCUUGUCAGCAGGUUUCUCCAAUACUCGCCAGAUCUUCGGUGCACUGCUAUGGAAGCCUGCAUGCACCCGUUCUUUGAUGAGUUGAGAGAUCCAAACACCCGUCUACCUAACGGCCGCCCUCUACCUCCCCUCUUCAACUUCAGAUCUCAAGAGCUAAACGGUAUACCUCCAGAAGUCGUCGAGCGCCUGGUACCGGAGCACGCGAGAAGGCAGAACCUGUUCAUGGCGCUCCGCACCUAGUUUUCGCGUGCCCUCCCCGUGUUUUUCGCGUUGUUUGGGGUCUGGUCUCUGGAGGGAAGCUGUAGCUUUGUGUGGGUGCAAGCGCUGGAGUAGUAGAGUUGCCCCAGGGUGCAUGUGAGGUUUGGAGGCUUUCAUGGUUGGUGUGUAUAGAUGAUUUGAGGCUUCUGAAAGUUUCUUGCUUUGGAGCUCGUGUGCAGUUACAGUGCUUGGAUGAGUUGAUUAUGCAAUCAAAAUCGUUCAGAAAUAUUUGCCCUCUUUAUUUUCCA